AUGGCCUCGGGCGCCCUGCUGCCGUGCCCGAUGUCCCGGCUGGACUUCCUCAAGGCCUCGCACUUCCAGGUGGGGCCGGACCCGCGGCUGCACCAGGGCGCCCUGUACUCCACGUCGCACCGGGACCCCGAGCUGCCGGCACGCGCCAGAGAGCAGAUCCGUGGCGCGCGCCUUAUCUUCGACCGCGACUCGGUGCCGCUCGGCGACCGAGACCAACUGCGCCUCCCGCCCACCACGCACCAGGAGCUCUUUCCGCCCCAGCACGUGCGCCCGCCGCCCCGCGCGCCCUGCCGCCACCUCGGGGGGCCCAACACCCUCAAGUGGGACUAUAGGAACCAGGAUGGGACCUCCUACCAGAGACAGUUCCAGGCGCUGCUGGGCCUUCCUGCCUUGAUGUGUAAGAGGGCCUCCUCCCACGUGGAACUGGGAGACUGCAAGAUUGGCUAUGGACCCAUGAGUUCAGAGCAGAAACAGGCCUACACGCCCCAGGGGCUGCCUCCAGACAGGUAUGACAAGGCCCAAGCCGCGACCAACAUCCAUCAUGUGAAUAUCCGUCCUGGAGAUGGCCUUUUCCACGACAGAACCACUAAGGCUGAGCACUUCUAUGCCCGGGAGCCAGAAUUUUUUGUUCUUCACCACGAUCAGACUCCGGAGUCGCACAUCCUAAAAGGAAAUUGGUGCCCCGGUCCGGGCAGCCUCGACACCUUCACUCGGUUCUUUUAUGGCCAGCCGCCGCCCCCGACCCAGCCACCCUCCCGCCACGUGCCCCACGAGAAAUUGCAGAGUCACGUGACCCUAGGAGAGGCGAAGCUGCUCAGACACUUCUUCCAGACCACCAUGGACUCACACUACUGCUCCCCAGAGACGCGGCGGCCACAGAAAGCGCCCAGCCUCCACUUGCAGCACAGCAACCUGCUGCAGGGAACCGGCGAAUCAGAUUUUUUAACCAUGAACCAGAAGAUGCUGAAGCCGCACAGUACAGCUCGGGCCCCCGUGACCGAAGAGAUGCUACAGCGGUGCAAGUACAGCCACGUGGAACCCCCGCUGGGUGAACAGCGCUUCUUCUCAACCCAAUACGAGGAUGAGUUUCCUUUCAAGCACCAGGGCGCGGCAGUGCUGAGAACAGGCAGCUUCCAGGAGAGCCACGUGCCACUGGGCACGUCUCGCCAGUGGGGCUGUGGGGGCGGGAAGACAGACCCUCGGGCCCCCCAGCCCCAUAUGUACCCAUGCCCCAGCCAGCAAUAAAUGUCACUUGGCAACACCUCACCCCUCCCCAUUAGUCAGCAGUUAAAGAAGAUGUUUGGGUGGAUGAGGGCUGGAGGAAGGGUCUGUAUAAGAGAGAAUGAGUCCAUCGAGAAAAGCCUGAACGCCUGAACAGACAUUUCUGCGGACUCUGAAUGACAUUAAGAGCACGGAGUCAUAGUGUUGAACAGGCAUUGGGGUGAGGGGUUGAGAACACGGGCUUCCAGUCCAAAUCCUGACACAGUCCAAAUCCUGACUCCUCCAUGUCCUGGAUAGUAGUAUUGGGCAAAUCACUUAACCCCUCCAAGCCUCAGUUUGCUCAUCUGUAAAAUGGAGAUAAAUAGUAAGUCUCCCAUUAGAUUGUUAUGAACGAGAAAUGUA